AUGGAGUGGGAUGAAGAAGCUCCAGUACAGAAAAUUAUCAAAAUAGUGGUAUGUGGUGAUGGUGCUAGUGGUAAAACGUCACUUUGUGUACGAUUUGCCCAGGAUAAUUUCGGACGACAAUAUCAGCAGAUUUGGGAUAUUGGAGGACAAAGUAUUGCAAGUCCAAUGCUUGAAAAAUACAUCAACGGUGCACACGGCGCUGUUGUUGUUUACGAUGUUACUAACAGCUCUAGUUUUGAAAAUUUGGAAGACUGGAUUAAUAUCAUCAAGCAAGUUACCAAAGCUCAGGAAAAACCAAUUGUACUGAUGCUUGUUGGUAACAAAACAGAUCUGGAACAUCGUCGAGUCGUUCGUAUUGAAAGGCAUACCAAAUUCGCAUUGCAAUAUGGAAUGUCCAGUUAUUACGUAUCAGCGAAAACUGGUGACAGUGUCAUGCUUAUGUUCAGGAAAACAGCUGCUGAAAUCCUUGGAAUCCCGUUGGAACAAAAUGACAUAGAAGGAGAUAUCAUUGUUGUGAAAGCUUCUGUUACAACACCAACGGAAGCAGAAUCAAAAGCAUCACAGCGACAGCUGCGCGCUGAUCAGUCUCAUAGUACUACUGUUUGCUCAGUGAUGUGA